GCGGGGAAAAAAUAGCGAUAAGAGGGACAAGGAUUAGACUCAGAGUUGCGAUUAGAGAAAAGAGCGAUCGAUGGUGCGGCCGUUUUGGAUAGACCAGUUGAUGCAACAUAUGGAGAUAAUUUUCUUUCAUAUGGACGAUACCAUCCAUACAAAUUUGCAACCUAUCAGUUCAUCGCCCGACCCUCGCCGGCGCUUUAAGUCUCAUAUCUGCCGCCGGAGGCGAAAACUCGUAGCAGCCGCCACCCAGCGCCCCAAACUCACCCCAGCGCCUCCCACGUAAGGGGUUUGAAAUAUGCUGAAAACCAAUGGAAAAGAUGUUCCCGCUAGAACAAGGAGCAGAAACUUGCGUUUGAACGAGGCAUCCAGCAGAUUAAUUGAUCGUGAAGGUGGUGUACUCAGUCAAGAACUUGCUGCAGAGUUGUCUCCAAGCAUCGUCUCGCUUGCCUCCUUUGAUGGCGAAAAGCUCCAUUCUCAAUGCACAGGCACAGUUGUCCGAAAUGAUCGACUAGGUUCAUCUAUUGUGACAUCGAGAGAUUUGGUUACCACUACAGAUUCAGGUUAUGUCCGAACAUUAAAGUUAAAAGUGCAUCUACCGAAUGGGGAAGUUGUGAAUGCAUCUGUGCAAUACUACAGUGUAGCUCACAACAUGCUUGUUGUAACCACUGGGUUCUUCCCUGAUAUCCGUGCAGCUUGUAUACCACAAAUGCAAGUUGAUUCUUCCACGCGGUUAUUAGCUGCAAGUUUAUGCCACAUUUCCGACAAAUUUUGGGUCACCACUGGGGUACUGACUGACAGUCCUACUGGAGUUGAGAGCCAUGAAACCAUGUGGUCCACGUGCGAGAUCACUGAGGCUGGAAGCGGUGGACCUCUUGUUGAUUUUGAUGGGAAUAUUGUUGGGAUGAACCUCUGUAUGAAGAAGCGAAAAACCUCGUUCGUACCAGCAAAGCGAAUUGUUGAAUGUAUGGACAGGCUUGGGUUCUGGACCUAUUUGGAGAAUACUCCCACACCAUCGAACUUCAGUUCAGAAGGUACUUCAAGUUUAGGUACCAUUUUGGGUAGCUCAAGUCAAAAUCGCGCAAGCGAGGGAAAUGAAAAUAAGAACCAGGAACCUUGCACAUUUCCUAUCCAUGAAGCUAAUGAUGUAUGGUGUGACCUCAAUCAAGCACUUGCAGAAAAGUUGUCUCCGAGCAUUAUCUCCAUUGCUUCAUUUGAUGGAGAGGCAUUGCAUUCUGAAUGCACAGGCAUGGUUAUUGACAGAGAACUAUCUUCAGCCUCCUUUCUGACGACAGCAAGUUUGUUUGGAUCAUUAGAUCAAAAUCUUUGGGAUGAUUUAACGAUCAAAGUGCGCCUUCCGAAUGAUGAAGUGGUCCAUGGAUGGUUGCAUUAUUAUUCGUCUCCUUACAGUCUUGCUGUCAUCAUCACCCAUUCCUUGCCGCCCUCCCUUGAUCUUUGUGUAGCAUGUCUUGGCAACGACAUGCACGUUGAGUCGUCUGCUGAGUUAUUAGCUGUAAGGCGUUGCUUCGACUCAGGCAAAUUAGUGUCCACGAGAGGGUCAGUGAUACAUGGAACAUGGACAGGUGGAAUUCAUAAGAAACAGCGCAAAUUGUCCACAUGCAAAAUCAUCGAGGCUGCCAGUGGAGGACCACUUGUUGAUUGUGAUGGGAAUAUUGUUGGCAUGAACUACUAUGAUGAGGAAAUGACUUCAUUUGUACCAAGUAAUCUUAUUUUUGAAUGGUUGGCGCCUGCUCAUGUACACUGGGCUGCAAGUAAAGACACUUCCCGUCCGAAUGAGAUCCAACAAUCUUCGACACCUUAUAAUGACAGCCCAAAAGGACUCACGGAUGAUGAGCUUAGGCGUAUACUUGCUCCCUGGCGAUGUAAUGAAUUUAGAAAUAGAGUAAAUGCGAUCUUACUUGCUAAAGGUUAUCCCUUGCCAAGUUUUGCUGAUGAUGGCAUGUACUUGAAAUGGGAUUUUGAAGAGGGAUUUGGCAAAGAUAUUUUGAGUGAACCCACUAGCAGAGUUGCUUCAAAGAUGUCUCGAAGUGUUGUGGCACUUGCCUCAUUCGUUGUAGAUAAAACUGAGUAUUCGGGGGAACACAGAAAGGAGAAAAAAAUUGCAAGAAAGUUUGCUUGCACAGGUGUAUUUAUAGAAUGCUCUGGAUCCACUACAAGAAUUCUGACUUCAGCAAGUUUGGUUAGGUCUGGUGAUGGAAAGAACAUUCAUCGUGAAUGGAAGAUUGAAGUGUGCCUACCAAGUAAACGACGCGUGGAUGGGACAUUGCUACAUUAUGAUUUAAAGUAUAAUGUGGCUGUUGUUAGCAUCAAGGGUGUCUGCAGUUAUCGUGCAGCAAAACUCGAUGAAACCUCGCAAACUGAGAUUGGAGCUCAGGUAGUAGCUCUAGGGCGUGGCUUUGAAUCAGCUAAGUUAAUGGCCACAGAGGGGGCUGUGACUGCUAAACGUAGUAGAUCUUAUUGCGAAGAGCUUCAGAUAUCCACUUGUAAAAUCACCAAGGCUGGAAUAGGAGGGCCCCUUGUUGAUUUUGGUGGGAACUUUGUCGGCAUGAACUUUUAUGACACGGAUCAAACCCCUUACCUAUCAAGGGUUAGAAUCCUGGAACUCAUGAAGUGUUUUAAUGCAGAACGGACUGUUCCUGUUGCUGUCGAGACUCCAGACGAGUCUGAACUUCCUAGCUGGCCCGUGCCUGACCCAGAAUGGUUUUAUCCGAGUCGGUACCCCAAACCUCGUUAUGUUGAAUUUGAGAAUUAG